AUGCAGCAGCAAGUCAUGCCUGGUGACCAUCCUCAAGAUAUUUCAUCCGUCCUUCAUCAAGCUAUAACAAUCCUUGACAACCGCAUGCGCCUCGCCCACCCACAUUGCUUCUCCUACAUACUAGGUUGCCCAAAUUCCCUUGCCCAUCUGGGUGACCUUCUUACUUCUGUCUGUAAUGUCAACGCUGUUAGCUGGGAUGUGAGCUCUGGUCCGAAUGUGACCGAAAAGACCAUGAUAGCCUGGCUGGGUGGCCAGCUUGGACUGCCAGACUCAGUUGGAGGGCGUUUCGUAUCGGGUGGCUCUAUAGCAAAUAUGACAGCCAUAGUUGCAACCCGGGAUGAGAUUCUACAUCCUACGCGGCGAGGUGGCGCGGUCAUUUACACUUCCGACCAGACACAUAUCUCUAUUCACAAGGAUCUACAUACAAGCGGCUUCAUGGAUUAUCAGACCCGAAAGAUACCCAGCGAUGAUACGUUCCGCAUAGACGUGGACCUCCUACGACGCGCGAUAAAUACAGAUCGUAAAUCGGGACGUGUACCGUUUCUUCUUGUCGCCAAUUGUGGGAGCACCAACACAGGCCGCAUUGACCCUCUUCAUGCCAUAGCUGAUAUUGCACGAGGUGAAGGGCUAUGGCUACAUGUGGACGGUGCAUAUGAUGCUUCCCUUGCGCUUUCUGACAAGCAUCGCUACCUCGUUGACUCCCUUUCUAUCCUCUCUAUCCCCUCCCAAUUUGCUAUAUAG